UUCGGAUUUUCCAUCAUAUCAAACUUCUUAUUAUUCUGAGAAGCAUAAGAAAAAUUUUCCAACAUAUUUGAAGUGAAGACGUACUUUAGCACCUCCUUAAUACGGAGAAAUAAAAUUUCAAAUUGCAAAUAAUUGGAAAGUUGUAAUUUUGAUUAUUAAAUUAAUCUCAAUUUAAGAGACGACGUCAUCUGCUUUUCGUACACACAACAUCUUCGUUCGUGUGUCAAGAAGAAAAACGGGAAUUUAAACUUUUUCGUUUAUUGCAAAUCAAAAAAAAAAAAAAAAAACAAAAAAGUUCCUUAAAAUCUAUACGCGUGUAUUGUUAUUUUCUAUUCUGUGUAUUUUAUAAACAUGGCUCUGUAAAAAUGUAUAAACUUAAAUUAAUAACCGUUUAUCAAGCUCCAUGUGGAGACAAAUUGCGUCGCAAUAAAUCGCCCAAGACGUUUAAAGGUAGUGGUGAUCGUAGCAGUUAUAAGCAUUUCAGGAAAAUUUAUCAGCAUCGUUCGCAACUCACUACUCACAUUUCAUCGUUUUCAUCUAUUUUCUGUUAUAACGACAAUAACAACAAUAACAAUGGACAACAACAAAAAGCAACAGCAAAAUUUUUCAAGAACUGGCAAUGCGAAAUCAACUCAUUCGUCAACUGAUUGUAAUCGACAAAAGUCAUCAUCAGAUUUACAAGCAACCAAGAAUUGGCCUAAAAACUCACGACGCCGGGAAAAUCCGUUUACAUCUGCGCGAAAUAAUUACAGCAAUAAUAACAGUAAACAAUAUACUUCCGCUAAAGUCCGUCCAAAUGUGGACAAAAGACCUCGCGUUCGUGGCUAUGCUAAUAAUGGAACUGAUUCAUAUCGUAAUACAAAUCACGAUUACCUUGCUUCCAGCUCCGGAUUAACCGCUAGCGAAACUGCGCCUAACGCCUUGGCCUUGGGACCAGUUGCAGGGCGAUAUGAACACAUCGAUUAUACUCCUGGGAAUAAGAGGCAAAAUCUAAAUCAUUUGCUAAAUUUCUACUACACACCUCGUGAAGUCGACUAUUCUGAUAGUUUUGGUUACGGAGGCAGUAGUGGAGGUUACACGCAACGGUAUGCUCACAACAAGAAGCAAAAAUAUAAUAAGGAACAAUUCUUGCAAGCCAAUUUUCAAUUUGUUAUUAAAGCGUCUGCCAAACCCAAAACGGACGAUUCUCCCGAUACUUUGAUUGAUUGGUCUUUGAUUGAGCAAAUCAAUAUACAAACGCCAGAAGAGACUCAAUGUCCAAUUUGUUUAUAUCCUCCAAUUGCCGCUAAAAUCACUCGUUGCGGCCACGUAUAUUGCUGGCCUUGUGUUUUACAUUAUCUUUCAUUAAGUGACAAAACUUGGCGAAAAUGUCCAAUUUGCUAUGAGGCCGUGCAUGUGGAAGAUUUGAAAAGUGCGGCUAUUAUGCAACAGCAAACGUAUAAUAUUGGUUCGCAAAUAAUAUUUCAAUUGAUGCGCCGCAAAAAGGGAUCUUUAUAUAUUGAAAGGCACAAUAAUUUGAUGCCUGAGACGUUGAAAGAAAAAUACCCUUACGUCUCUGGUCAAGCAGACAAAAAAUUCUCUAAAUUUUUAUUGGCUAAGCGUAGUGACGUGGCUGAUAUAUUAGAUAGGGAGGAACAUGAAUUAUUGUCCAAUGUUGAUGAAUCGUGCCCUGAAUACGUGUUUAUUCUGCAGGCCUUAGAACUCUUAAAAAAACGGCAACUACUUAAUAAAGUAGCAGAUGAAAAAGACAAUGAUUUUGAAGUAGCCGAAAACUCUCACUUGCAAAUUGAAACUGAAGUUAUCGACGAUCAAAACGUCAAACUUUUUGAGAAAAGUGAAGAGCGUGCAACGAAUGAUGAAAUUUUAACCAAAGAUAAAACUUUGGAAUCUAUUACUAGUGCAGUAGUUGCAUCCACUAUAAAAUACUAUUACUUUUAUCAAUGUGAAGAUGGUCAGAAUAUUUAUUUACAUCCAUUAAACGUUAAAAUGUUGCAAGCAUGUUAUGGCGGCCUGGCUGGUGGUCCCGCUGUUAUUAAAGCGCAAAUACUGCAGAAAGAACAUCAUUCUAUGGAUGAAGACCAUCGUCGCAAAUUCACUUGUUUAAGUCACUUGCCCUUGACAUGUCAAUUCAUAGUUGUGGAAAUUGAAUUAUUGCCACCUUAUAUAACUGAAGAAAUCAUGGAUGCCUUCAGAAUUGAUGUUCUCUUUCGCAAAAAGGAACGCCAACGGCGAGCACGAGAGGAGCGUGAACGUGAAAAGCAAAUAAACGCAAUAAACGAUCGCCAGAUGGGGAAAUUAAUUGCUAGUACAGCCAAUAUUAAUCUUAGCUCUGCUCAAGAGUUUCCAACAUGUGGCUUUGAAGAGCCUUUAACCCCAACAAUUGAUAUUGGUGCCGUUGUUGCCAUAGAUAGCGACACGCCUACAACUUCUACCAAUGAACAUCGACAUCGCAUCAAAACCCAUAGUGCUGGCAGUGUAGGCAGUUGCAGUUACUCAGCUAUUGCUUCGCAUUGUCAACAAGAGCAUUCUCCUUGGGCCACCGUCAACGCUAUUGAAUUACAAAAAUCAUGCAAUGUUGACAUUAAAUCUAGCAACGACGACGAUUCUUCCGUUCUAAAUAAUUUACACACAAGCUUUGGUGAUGUAUUGGCCCAAGCUUUUUCUGCCCAAAAGCAAGAUAAGAAGAAAUGCAGUAAGGUUGAAAAUGCUCCCACCAAUGUCAAUAGUAAGAAAUCUAAAAAAGUGAAGAAGAUGCUUCCCCUCUAUUCCACUGGCAUGAAUUUUAAUGGAAACUAAGCCAUAUUAUUCUUGUAAAUUUGGAAUAUAAAAAAAUUUGCCUUUCGUUUUUUUUUUUUUUUUUACAGAUAUUUCUUUGUUUCAAGAUGUUUGCCUAUCUAUAUGAGAGAAGC